CACCCCGCCACCCUCACUACAACACACCGUCAGUCCCCCAUCGGAUGCGAUCGCUUUCCUGGUUAUUCGGUUAACCAGGAUGGAUCUCGCCGCCGUGUGGAGCGGUUACCCCGACUGGGUUACCCUAACCCUAACCCUAACCCUACCAUACCAACGCUGUCCACCGACCUGGACCCGAGCUCUGUGCCCCGACACGCUCGCGGGAAACGCCAGGCACAGGCCGCCUGCAUACCGCGAGUCGAGCGGCCUUUGUUUCGAUCUUUGCUCGAAGUAUCUCUUCUUGUUGCUUUCGCAUUUGACGCUGCCUUUCCUCCCUCUCGCGGGGCUCUUGCUCUGCUUUCUCGAGUGCUUUCUAGCGCGCAAUUCUCCUCUCCUCUUCGAUGCCCUCCUUGUUUUGCCAGGUAGUACUCUUUCCUCCUCGCGCUUCCUCUUCCACGUCUGCCGAGCUCGCUCUGCCUCUGCCUGCUGGCGUCCCGCAUGCUCGGUGUGCACUCAAGUGCAUUUCACGCUUCCCGCUCAGCGGUCAUCAAGCCCCCAGCACUCCCCAACACUGACACGCCGCCAGAUCGCACGAAAAGAGCCCCCUCGCCUACCUCGCCACAACGGGGUCUUCCAUCACGCAAGUAAUCCCCGCCGCCCACCGCGGCCAUCGCUGAUACCCGCCUCGUCUUCGUCCAUCUUCGGGAUUUCUCCGUAUGAAGCCGUUCCAAGCGCCGCUCUUGCAAUGAAGCUGCCACCGCAUGAUUGCCGGCGAUGUCGAUACCUAAGUACUGAAUUGACGGCGUGCAUUUAUGCUGUGUGUUGUUCUAGAUUAGUACGCAGCGGGAGUUUACGGUUUCACUCCCUAGACUCCGCAAGAUACGUUGCAAUCUCGUGAGCUGCGGUAUUAUGUGACGGGGUUUUUGGGAUAUGCCAUAUAUUUCGAAGCAGAAUGAUACAGAGGGAGG